AUGGGCGGUGUUAUCAGUUCGGAUACAUCAGUAGAAGGGAAUUCUUUUCUUAAGAGAUUUUCUAGCUUACAACCUAUUUCUGAUAACGAUCCGUUUUGGAAUCAUUUCCUUUCGUUUAACUUACGCAUCGAUUUGUAUGAUAAACAGACUUUGAAGCAGUUCAAUGAAUCGUUAUCUGAUUUGCUCGAAUCAAUGAUGCACAACACUCAAACCACUGGAAAUUUUGCCGCUUUUAUUCGUGUUUUUCUGCGGCGAUCUAGUGAACUUAAAGCAUCUGAAAUUUGUCAAAAUACCAUAUUUUUGUGGCAAAUGGGAAAUGCAUUGAUUAUCUUAUCUUAUAUUUGUAAAUUUUUGACACAAAGACUUAAUGAAGUCGAAUUUAUAAAAGUUUUUGAUAAGAACCUUGUUAUCGAUGGACUUGUCGAAAAUGAUUCGGAUGCAGAGAUUGAGGUUAAUAAUUCCUUUGAAAGUACUGCUGAAGAAUUUAUUGUUGCAUUAGUCGAUAUUCUUGCAGAGUUGCCAGUUAAUGAUUCCACUGAACAUAUUCAUAUUGAAGCAGUGAAAUGUCUGAUUGCAGUUCUAAGCUCACAACUAUAUCACCAAGAUGUCCUUGAAUCCUCAAUCUUCUAUGCAUACCUUAUGAAUGGAAAAUGUUCAGUGCGAUCAAUAGAAUUAACCAAAGCGUUAUUAAAGAAUUAUCUGCAAAAAAAUACUCCAUAUUUAAUAAAAAUGGAGGCUGAACCAGAAAGUUUUAUUUUGGGAUUUGCAGCGACUAUAUGGUCCGCUCUGCAGCUAAUGACAGGAGUUGAUGGUAUUAACAUAUCUGAAAGUGCUAAUGAUCGUAUUCCUGCCAUAUCACUAGGCUCUUUAUCAAUACUUUUGCUUCUUAAUCUUGCUUGUCAUCAGAAUCCGAAUGGUAAACCGAAUGUAUAUAAAGAAUGUUUAUCAAAUUUCGAAAAUUCUCAAGAGGUGUCUUCAGUAGGAACGAUCGGUACAAAUAGUUUCAAACUAGAUUUCAGUAUUCUUUAUGAACGCCUAUGUUGUACCGUUGAACAACAACCGCCAAUGUUACUAUUAUACGUUUUAUUGCAUAGAAAUAGUGGCUUUCGAAAUUAUGUUCUUUCUCGAAUUAAUUUGGAGAGACUUGUUAUUCCUGUGUUGCGUGUAUUACAUAGCGGAUCGUUAUCUUUGCAUGCUGCGUCUACCAAUUCCCAUCAUUUGUAUUUGGCUCUAAUUGUUAUUCUAAUCUUGAGUGAAGAUGAUUUUUUCUGCAAAAUUGUUCAUGAAACGGCUAUUAACGAGACGACUUGGUUAAAUUCAGAGAGGAAUGUAGGAGGAAUUUCUCUUGGUGGAUUGAUAAUAAUUGUUUUUGCACGGACGAUACAGAUUAAUAUAAUCAAAAUGAGGGAUCGUUAUUUACAUACAAAUUGUCUUGCUGCGCUUGCAAAUAUGUCUCCAUAUUUUAAACAUCUAUCACCUAGUGUUUGUCAAAAAUUUAUCGCAUUGUUCGAGACUUUCAUCAAGCGGCGUUCGAAAUUGAUCGAAAAUAUGCGCAUUAGAGUUGAAUAUGAUAUUUUGCAAGAAAAAGAAACCAAUAAUUAUCAUCAAGAUAUAACAGCACUGGAAGAAGGUAUCCGUACUAUGCUGGAAAUCUGCAAUAGCUGUUUGACGUCAAAUCUACGGAAUAAUCCCCAUUUCAUCUAUACCAUCUUAUAUAAACGUGACCUUUUUGAUGCUUUUCAAAAUCAUCCAAUGUUCCAAGAUUUAAUUUGGAAUAUCUCUUCGGUAAUCAAUUAUUUUGCUUCAAGAAUUCAAUCCAUUAAGGAUUCAUCAGUUAGCGCCGUCCUAGAAGCUAUAAAAAAGGGAGCUCUCCAUUGGCCAAGUGAUAGGCAAGAUUUUUUUAAAGAUGCUCUAAAAUUUAAAUUUAAAUAUUUUUAA